AUAAAUUUCAGAAGAGACACAAAGGAAACUGCUUAGGGAAACUUCUGAGAUCCUUCGACAUCUUUGAGCAACAGAGAGUGUAUUGCUGAACGACCUUAUAAGGAACAAACAAGAUGUCCUCAGCUAAAGGAAUAUCGAUUGGUAUUGAUCUGGGCACCACCUAUUCAUGUGUUGGGGUUUUCCAGCAUGGCAAAGUAGAGAUCAUUGCCAAUGACCAGGGCAACAGGACCACUCCCAGCUAUGUGGCCUUUACUGACACUGAGAGGCUCAUUGGAGAUGCUGCCAAGAACCAGGUUGCCAUGAACCCCACCAACACAGUCUUUGAUGCCAAGCGUCUUAUUGGGAGAAAGUUUAGUGACCCCGUUGUCCAGGCUGAUAUGAAACUCUGGCCUUUCAAGGUGAUUAACGAUAAUGGAAAGCCCAAAGUCCAGGUGGAGUACAAAGGUGAGAUCAAGGCCUUCUAUCCAGAAGAAAUCUCAUCUAUGGUUCUAGUAAAAAUGAAGGAGGUAGCUGAGGCCUAUCUGGGACAGAAGCUGUCAAAUGCUGUAAUCACAGUGCCAGCUUAUUUCAACGACUCUCAGAGGCAAGCCACCAAGGAUGCAGGGGUGAUCUCUGGACUGAAUGUUCUGAGAAUAAUCAACGAGCCCACAGCAGCAGCCAUCGCCUAUGGCCUUGAUAAAGGUAAAAGAGGAGAGCGCAAUGUGCUCAUCUUUGACCUUGGUGGAGGCACCUUUGAUGUGUCCAUCCUAACCAUUGAAGAUGGCAUCUUUGAGGUGAAAGCCACUGCAGGAGACACACACCUUGGCGGGGAGGACUUUGACAACAGGAUGGUUAAACACUUUGUAGAGGAAUUCAAAAGAAAGCACAAGAAGGACAUCAGCCAGAAUAAGAGAGCAGUGAGGAGACUGCGUACAGCUUGUGAGAGAGCAAAGAGGACCUUAUCCUCCAGCACCCAGGCUAGCCUUGAGAUUGACUCUCUGUUUGAGGGCAUUGACUUCUACACCUCCAUCACAAGGGCACGUUUUGAGGAGCUCAACUCAGAGCUCUUCAGGGGAACACUGGAGCCAGUUGAGAAGGCCCUGCAAGAUGCAAAGCUGGAUAAGUCCAAGAUCCACGAAAUUGUCCUGGUUGGCGGCUCCACAAGAAUUCCUAAAAUUCAAAAGCUCUUGCAAGAUUUCUUUAAUGGUAGAGAAUUGAACAAGAGCAUCAACCCAGAUGAAGCUGUGGCUUAUGGUGCAGCAGUCCAGGCUGCUAUCCUCAUGGGUGACACUUCCAAGAACGUACAAGAUCUACUGCUGCUGGACGUGGCUCCCCUGUCUCUGGGCAUUGAGACUGCUGGUGGAGUUAUGACACCACUAAUCAAACGCAAUACCACCAUACCCACCAAGCAGACCCAGAUCUUCUCCACAUACUCAGAUAAUCAGCCAGGUGUGCUGAUUCAGGUGUUUGAGGGCGAGAGAGCCAUGACCAAGGACAACAACCUGCUGGGCAAGUUUGAGCUCACAGGUAUCCCUCCUGCACCUCGAGGUGUACCACAGGUGGAGGUCACUUUUGACAUCGAUGCCAAUGGCAUUCUGAAUGUGUCUGCCGUAGACAAAAGCACCGGCAAAGAAAACAAAAUCACCAUAACCAAUGACAAGGGCCGCCUCAGCAAAGAGGAGAUUGAGCGGAUGGUACAGGAUGCUGAAAAGUACAAGUCUGAGGACGACCUGCAGAGGGAGAAGAUUGCAGCUAAGAACUCACUGGAGUCCUAUGCCUACCACAUGAAGAGCAGUGUCGAGGAUGAGACUAUGAAAGGAAAGAUUAGCGAGGAGGAUAAGAAAACGGUCAUUGACAAGUGCAACCAGACAAUCUCCUGGCUGGAGAGCAACCAGCUGGCUGAGACAGAUGAGUAUGAGCAUCAGCAGAAAGAACUAGAGAGUGUGUGCAAGCCAAUUAUUACAAAACUGUACCAGGGAGCAGCAGCAGGAGGCUGCGACAGCCAGGCCAAAGGCAGCUCCCAGGGCCCCACUAUUGAGGAAGUGGACUAAAGCCAUGGAUGUGAGCAGUUUGUUUACAGAAAUAUAUCACUGUUGUUUGGUACUACAAAUGCUGUAAUGCAC